CGCAUCUCCGAGGGCCAGGACUGGCGCUACCUCUCUGGAAAGCGCCGGCCGGCGGUCCCGGCUGGUCUCUGCCACUGCGGCUCGGCGUCUCCCGCGCCGGGGCUGGGUCGAGUGCGCCCCGCCCUCGCCUGCGCCCGCCGCCCGCCCCGGCCCAGGGGCCGCCCCGCCCCGGCCCGCCCCUCCUUAUCUGGCCCCAGGGCCGCGGCCCGGGGAGGCGGCCGGCGGGCUGGGGCCGCGCGAUGUCGCACGGAGCCGGGCUCGUCCGCACCACGUGCAGCAGCGGCAGCGCGCUCGGACCCGGGGCGGGCGCGGCCCAGCCCGGCGCGGGCCCCUCGGAGGGGCUGCUGGACACCGUGUACCCCCGCACGCACGCGGCCCUGCUGAAAGUGGCGCAGAUGGUCACUCUGCUGAUCGCCUUCAUCUGCGUGCGGAGCUCUCUGUGGACCGACUACAGCGCCUACAGCUACUUUGAAGUGGUCACCAUCUGCGACUUGAUAAUGAUCCUCGCCUUUUACCUGGUCCACCUCUUCCGCGUCUACCGCAUGCUCACCUGUAUCAGCUGGCCCCUGUCGGAACUUCUGCACUAUGGAAUCGGUACCCUGCUCCUCCUCAUCGCCUCCAUUGUGGCAGCCUCCAAGAGUUACAGCCAGAGCGGACUGGUAGCCGGAGCGAUCUUCGGUUUCAUGGCCACCUUCCUCUGCCUGGCAAGCAUAUGGCUGUCCUACAAGAUCUCGUGUGUGACCCAGUCCACAGAUGCAGCUGUCUGACCAGGCCACAGCCUUCAGGCCCUUAGGGAGCUCUGCAGACCCAGGACCAGUGACCCCAGACAAGGCUUCUGGACCUGCGUUCCUGUGCCAAAGGCCUGUACCACUGGUGGGCACAAGGAAGGGCCUGCACUUUCCUCCCGCCUUCGCAGGAGGUGGUUCCCUGAGUUCCUGAGCUGGCCAGAGCCUCUUCUUCCAGUCUUCCUUGGAGAACAUUCCGCAAAAGGAAAGCAGCCUCAGGGGAAAUCUGGUCCCUCACUUCCUGCUUUUAGAACCGCCUCAGGUACUGAUGGCCCCACUUAACUGCAUGGUGGGGGUUGUGAAUACUCCCACAUCAAUCUGCUUCAACUUCACAUUCCUCAGGGAAGUGAUGCUGCCUUAAGUCCUCUUACAAAAACAAAGCCUCCUCCUAAUUUAUCUAGUUUGUCCAUCUGGUCUCUGAGGUAUCCUCUUUCUGAAAGUGAGUCGUGCCUGUUCCCAAAUAGGAGAUCUCCUGUCUCCUUUCCCUGUCUCUGCCUUUGUUACCAUGGUGUGUGUAUGUGCGUGUGUGUG